AUAUACGCCUAUAUCGACGAUAUUAUUAUCGCUAGUAAGAAUAUAGAGGAGCACCUUAAGUACAUUAAGACGGUUCUCAAUAUCUUCGAUAAGGUAUAUAUUUACAUUUCAAUAGAAAAAUCCUUUAUAGCCUACCCGUCAAUAAGACUUCUUAGCUAUAUAGUCAAUGGCGAAGGAGUGGCUAAAAUAGACAACAGGAUCACUAUAUUUAAGAAACUUAAGUUCUCCAACACCCUUAAGACCUUAGAACAGUACCUUAGUAUAGCUAGAUAG